AUGUUUUAUGCUUCUUACCAACAUAAAAGAAGAUGGCAAACGCUUUUGAAGACGACAAACAGUGAAAUCAGAAUUGCUGUUUCACUUUUAUGUGGAUGGGCUUUAAAGAACAAGAAAAAAUCAAAAGAAUCAUCUAAGAGCUCAAGCUCGCAUGUCACGACAGAAAUGCGAGUUUGUAUGUUGAACAACAACAUACUGUAA